UAUAUAUAUAUAACUUUAUGCUUCAUUUACAUAGUUUACGACAGUAUAAACAUCUCUCCUUUUGUCAACGAGAAAUAUUUUUUUUUAUUUUCAAGAAAGUAAAAAAUUGCUAAACGACGAAACUUAUUUUCAAUUAAGAAGAAGAGUUAAUUGUCGAUGAUUUUUUGGUUUUCACCAAUUGUCAACUUUAUCAGUAAUGGCUGGGAUUAAAGGUUAUAUUUGGUUCAUUUUUUCAUAUGUCAAGAGAUAAAAAAUUUGUGAUCACUCAUGUUUAAUAUCCCAUGAUGAUUAACUGAUAGAUUUAUAACAUGUUAAAAUAAAAAUUUCAAAAAAUUAAGAAACAUUUAACCUCAAGAACGUAUCAUGAGUUCGAUAAAUUUCAUCGAAUCGAUUAAUGUUUAUCUUUAAUUAUUUAAUACUGUAAAAAAUACAUUUUUAAUAGACUUGUAUAAAAAUUUUCGAAAAAAAUUAUAAACACUUCGUUUUAACAAGUCACUCCUUAUAUAUAGUUCUAUGAUGAAAAGUAUGAUUAUUUUUUUAUAUUGUUUUUCUGUAAGCAAUAAGACGCAAUAAUACACAUUCUUAAUCUACAUAAUUAUUAAAUAACAUCAUAUAAUCUUGAUAUUGUAUUAUUUUUUCUUUUUCAUGUUCUACUUUUUGGAUCUAUUUGUCAAUCAACAGCACUGGUUACAUUGGCAUUCGCCGGUUCCAUAGGAAUGACAUUUGUUAUUCUUGCAUGUGCACUACCAUCUUAUCAAGUAUGGUGGCCACUUUUUGCGGUGUUAUUUUACAUACUAGCACCCAUUCCAACUCUAAUAGCACGUCGUUAUACAGAAGAUUCGGGUAGUAAUAGUAAUCCAUGCUUGGAACUAGCUAUUUUCAUUACCAUGGGCAUCAUUGUAUCAUCAUUUGCAUUGCCAAUUGUUUUAGCACGUUCACCGGCUGGCCAAGCAACAAUCGAAUGGGGCGCCUGUGGGCUUACAUUAGCUGGAAACGUUGUAGUUUACUUGACAUUACUUGGUUUCUUUAUGACAUUUGAUCAAGAUGAUGCUGAUUACAGUAUGUGGUGAACAAGUUUUAUGUACAGUGUACUUUUUAUUUACGUAAAAAAAUAGGGUACUGAAAAAAUGAAAAAUUAUAAAAAUUUUUAUAUAUAAUCAAAUAACAGUAAUCAGCAUUACUGGAUUUUAUAAGUAUUCAUUUCUUUUCUAUGUAUGAAUGUAAAAGAUAAAAAAAAAUUUGCGAGAACAUUGA